AGGCCAUCUAACCAUACAAAUCCAACGACGGCGUUUCAGCAUCAAAUAUUUCAGCAGUUGAGACACCACCAACAGCUAUAACCGGAAUCACAACUUCCACUUUCUCUCCGUCACCGGCAUAUUCCACUCCUCCAUGCUCGUAACCCUAACUUGCAACACACGUUAAUGGACAUCCUCUUCGCACAGAUCCAAGCGGAUCUCCGCUCCAACGACGCUCUCCGCCAAUCCGGAGCCCUACUGCAAGCACUCCAACAAUCCGCCGCCGGCCGUGACAUCUCCGUCAUCGCUAAGUCCGCCGUCGAAGAGAUCGUCGCCUCCCCUGCCUCCGCCGUUUCCAAAAAGCUCGCAUUUGACCUCAUCCGAUCCACUCGUCUCACCACAGAUCUAUGGGAGAUCGUUUGCACCGGCAUUCACAACGAUCUGGAGUUUCCGGAUCCUGACGUCACUGCUGCCGCUGUAUCUAUACUUGCUGCUAUACCGUCCUAUAGGUUAGGCAAGCUUAUUACUGAUAGUAAUAAGGAAAUAUCUAGCUGUUUUGAUUCUAAUAGUGAUAAUUUGCGGUUUUCGGUUACGGAAACCCUAGGUUGUGUACUGGCUCGUGAUGAUUUGGUGACUCUGUGUGAGAAUAAUAUUAAUUUGUUGGAUAAGGUGUCGAAUUGGUGGAAUAGGAUUGGGGAGAAUAUGUUGGACAAAGCGGAUAAUGUUUCGAAGGUGGCGUUUGAAUCGGUUGGGAGGUUGUUUCAGGAGUUUGAAUCUAAGAGGAUGAGUCGGUUGGCUGGGGAUAAGCUUGUGGACAGUGAGAAUUCUGUUGCGAUUAGGUCGAAUUGGGUGUCGUCGAUGGUGGAGUUUGUUUGGAAGAGGCGGAAUGCGUUGAUGGCGAGGUCGUUGAUUCUUCCGGUGGAGAGUUUUAGGGCUACUGUGUAUCCGCUUGUUUAUGCUGUGAAAUCUGUUGCGUCUGGCUCGAUUGAGGCUUUUCAGAAGCUAUCGAGAUCUUCAAAGAAAACGAAUACUGGUAGUUUGGAUUCGAGUAAGGCGGAGAGGUUUGUUGGAGUGUCGGAUGUGGUCACUCAUUUGGCACCCUUUUUGGCAUCUUCGUUAGACCCAGCGUUGAUAUUCGAGGUGGGGAUUAACAUGCUGUAUUUGGCUGAUGUUCCUGGUGGCAAGCCUGAGUGGGCUUCAGCAUCAAUUAUUGCAAUUCUUACACUUUGGGACAGGCAGGAGUUUUCUUCUGCUAGAGAGAGUAUAGUUAGAGCUGUUGUGACCAACCUACAUCUCCUCGAUCUCAGUAUGCAGGUUUCAUUAUUUAAAAGGCUGCUUCUCAUGGUGAGAAACCUAAGAGCAGAAUCAGAUCGCAUGCAUGCUUUAGCAUGCAUUUGUCGUACCGCUCUUUGUGUUGAUCUUUUUGCAAAAGAAAGUGUUAGAAGAGGUCAAAAACCUCUUCCUGGAACAGACAUUGCAUCACUUUUUGAGGAUGCCAGAAUCAGAGAUGACCUCAACACUGUCACAAGCAAAAGUUUAUUUAGAGAAGAGUUGGUAGCCACUUUGGUUGAAAGCUGUUUUCAGCUGUCGCUGCCAUUGCCUGAACAAAAGAAUUCAGGUAUGGAGAGUAGAGUGAUCGGAGCAUUGGCUUAUGGAACUGGUUAUGGUGCAUUAAAUUGGACCGAACCGGCUUUAGAAGUGGUGGAAGUGUGUCGACCUUGUGUAAAAUGGGAUUGUGAAGGCCGAACUUAUGCUGUUGAUUGUUACCUAAAGUUGUUGGUUAGGCUUUGCCAUAUUUUUGAUACCAGGGGUGGGGUUAAAAGAGUCAAAGAUGGGGCUUCUCAAGAUCAGAUUUUGAAUGAAACUCGCUUACAAAAUUUGCAACGAAAACUUGUAAAUGAUCUGCUUGAGGUGAACUCUCCUAGAAUUGCUGCCCGGCUUAUUUGGGCAAUUUCAGAACACAUUGACUUAGAAGGUUUGGAUCCUCUUUUAGCAGAUGACCCAGAUGAUGCACUGAACAUCAUCAUAUCAAAGAUACACAAAAUCUUAUUCAAUGCUGACGCAUCUGCCACUGAAACAAAUAAGCUGCAAGAUAUUCAAGCAGUUCUUUUAUGUGCUCAAAGAUUAGGAUCACGUAAUGCUAGGGCAGGCCAGUUGCUCAUCAAAGAGCUAGAAGAGUUCAGAGCUGACCCAUUGACCGAUUCUGUUAACAAACAUCAGGCUCGUAUGAUAUUGCAGAGAAUCAAAUACGUUUCUAAUCAUUCUGAUGACAAGUGGGCUGGUGUUAGUGAAGCAAGAGGAGACUACCCAUUCAGUCAUCACAAACUGACGGUUCAGUUUUAUGAAGCUUCUGCAGCCCAAGAUCGAAAGUUGGAAGGAUUAGUUCAUAAGGCUAUUCUAGAACUAUGGAGACCCGACCCUAGUGAAUUGACUUUGUUGUUGACCAAAAGAGCUGACACCACUUCACUAAAGAUACCUCCAAAUGCACAUACAUUAACUGGUAGUAGUGAUCCGUGCUAUGUUGAAGCAUAUCACUUGUCAGAUCCUAAUGAUGGAAGAAUCACACUUCAUCUGAAGGUUUUAAAUUUGACUGACAUCGAACUCAAUCGGGUGGAUAUUCGUGUUGGGUUGUCUGGUGCCUCAUAUUUCAUGGACGGAUCUCCUCAAGCAGUUCGACAAUUGCGUGAUCUAAAUUCUCAGGAACCAGUAUUAUGCAGUGUGACUUUAGGCGUGUCUCACUUUGAAAGAUGUGCUCUUUGGGUACAAGUCUUGUACUACCCAUUUGCCGGCAACGAUAUUGCGGGAAACGUAGGCGACUACGCAGAAGAAGAUCAACAAAUCAUCAGACAAAAAAGAAGUGCAAAGCCAGAAUUAGGAGAUCCAGUCAUCAUGCGAUGCCAGCCGUACAAGAUUCCACUAACAGAGCUUCUUUUGCCCCAUAAAAUCUCACCCGUGGAGUAUUUUCGCCUGUGGCCCAGUCUACCUGCUAUGGUGGAAUUCACAGGUACUUAUACAUAUGAAGGCAGUGGGUUUAAAGCUACAGCUGCUCAGCAAUACGGAUCUUCUCCUUUUCUGAGUGGGCUCAGAUCUCUUUCUACCAAGCCUUUUCACAGGGUUUGUUCUCACAUUAUCCGGACCGUUGCUGGCUUCCAGCUAUGCUUUGCUGCAAAAACAUGGCAUGGAGGUUUCUUAGGGAUGAUGAUAUUCGGUGCAAGUGAAGUAAGCAGGAAUGUGGACCUGGGGGAUGAAACCACCGCUAUGAUAUGCAAAUUCGUGGUUCGAGCAUCAGAUGCAGCCAUAAUAAAAGAAGUCGGUUCAGACCUACAGUCAUGGUGCGAUGACCUAACCGAUGGAGGUGUUGAGUACAUGCCGGAAGACGAAGUGAAGGUGGCUGCCGCCGAGCGCCUACGGAUAUCCAUGGAACGUAUAGCCAUUCUAAAGGCGGCUCAGCCGCCACCUAAGUCCCCAAAAAUUGAAGAAGAUAUAAAUGAUGACGACGACGACGAAGACGAUGAUGAUGAUAAGAAGGAUAAUGAGAAGAAGAAAAAGAAGGGUCCCACAACGUUAUUUGAAUUGACACCUGAGGAGGUGGAACAUCGUGCUCUUCAAACUGCGGUGUUGCAAGAAUGGCAUGCUUUGUGUAAAGAUAGAAACACCAAGGUUCAAUAGGCCUUUUUUAUGGAUGGAAAUUUUGUGGGCGUGGGGUUGGUUUGUUUGUUUUACAGUUGGUAGUUUUUUUAAGCAUAUAGCAAUCGAUUUAUUUUUUUUGUGUGUAUUAGAUCGAAUUUGAAGUUGGUCUUUGUAAUCAUAUUAUUUUGUGCUUCUUCACGGACUAUUCCUACUUGAGAACUACUUCAGAAAGAGCACUCUUGCUACUGUUUUUGUUGUAAAAUAAUCGAAUUUGCAAUGAGCAUUGGUAUGUUCGUUUAUAAACCUUUGAAUUUGUUUUUAA